GCCAUGGGCUCGGAGAUGGAGCCGCUGCUCCUGGCCUGGAGCUACUUUAGGCGCAGGAAGUUCCAGCUCUGCGCCGAUCUGUGCACGCAGAUGCUGGAGAAGUCCCCUUAUGACCAGGCAGCUUGGAUUCUGAAGGCACGGGCACUCACUGAAAUGGUAUACGUAGAUGAAAUUGACGUAGGUCAGGAAGGAAUUGCAGAAAUAAUGCUGGAUGAAAAUGCUAUUGCUCAAGUUCCACGCCCUGGCACUUCUUUGAAACUGCCUGGAACUAAUCAGACGGGAGGGCCUAGUCCAGCCAUCAGGCCAAUCACUCAAGCUGGAAGGCCCAUUACAGGUUUCCUCAGACCGAGCACGCAGAGUGGAAGGCCUGGCAGUAUGGAACAGGCCAUCAAAACACCCAGAACCACCUACACAGCUCGCCCGGUCACCAGCUCCUCUGGGAGAUUUGUCAGGCUGGGAACGGCUUCCAUGCUUACAAGUCCUGAUGGACCUUUUAUAAAUUUAUCUAGACUGAAUUUAACGAAAUAUGCCCAGAAACCUAAAUUGGCGAAGGCUUUGUUUGAGUAUAUCUUUCAUCAUGAAAAUGAUGUUAAAACUGCUUUGGACUUGGCUGCCCUCUCCACAGAGUACUCUCAGUACAAGGACUGGUGGUGGAAAGUACAGAUUGGAAAGUGUUACUACAGGUUAGGAAUGUAUCGCGAAGCAGAAAAACAGUUUAAAUCAGCCCUGAAGCAGCAGGAAAUGGUAGAUACAUUCCUCUACUUGGCAAAAGUUUACGUCUCGUUGGAUCAGCCAGUGACAGCUUUAAAUCUUUUCAAACAAGGCUUAGAUAAGUUUCCAGGAGAAGUAACCCUACUUUGUGGAAUUGCUAGGAUCUAUGAGGAAAUGAACAAUAUUUCAUCAGCAGCUGAAUACUACAAAGAAGUUUUGAAACAGGACAAUACUCAUGUGGAAGCCAUUGCAUGCAUUGGAAGCAACCACUUUUAUUCUGAUCAACCAGAAAUAGCUCUCCGGUUUUACAGGCGACUCCUGCAGAUGGGUGUCUAUAACUGCCAGCUCUUUAACAAUCUGGGGCUCUGCUGCUUCUAUGCCCAGCAGUAUGAUAUGACUCUGACUUCAUUUGAACGUGCCCUUGCUCUGGCUGAAAACGAAGAAGAGGCAGCUGAUGUUUGGUACAACUUGGGACACGUGGCUGUGGGCAUCGGAGAUACGAAUUUGGCCCAUCAGUGCUUCAGGCUCGCUCUGGUCAACAACAAUAACCACGCAGAGGCCUAUAACAACCUGGCUGUGCUGGAGAUGCGGAAGGGCCACGUGGAGCAGGCAAGAGCACUGUUACAAACGGCCUCAUCCUUAGCACCCCAUAUGUACGAGCCACAUUUUAAUUUUGCAACAGUCUCUGAUAAGAUCGGCGAUCUCCAGAGAAGCUAUGUUGCUGCUCAGAAGUCUGAAGCAGCAUUUCCAGAUCAUGUGGAUACCCAACAUUUAAUUAAACAGCUAAAGCAGCACUUUGCUAUGCUUUGAUUGUCCCUGAGACCAAGUAUAUUCUUACGAUGGGGCAUUGUGCAAGGGAAAAAGCAGUGUGCUCAUAUGUACAGGAUCCAUAAACCGGUGCUCGCUCUUUGUGAAGAUGACAUAAGAGAGUUCACACAAGAAUGCGUAAUGGAAACUAUAUAAUAAUAACUUUCUAAGACAGGAUUUACUAUUUGUAAGUAGACCGUGAAAACGUCUCCCACAUUAUAUGGUACAUGCUUGUCAUGUUUAUAAAACAUUUUCAUGAAUUUCCUCACAUUUUUAUAAAUGCACAUUUUUAAUGUCCUUAAGCUGGCCAUUAGCUAGCAUGUAGCUUUAGAGGUCCAAAAUCUGCCAUAAAAAUUCCACUUUUAUGGCUGAAAGUGUGUAUAUAUAUUCCAAUUAGAGACUUUACUUAGAGCUUAAAAUUGUAUUUAAAACUAUUUAUCAAAUGCUUUGU